AUUACACAGUCCAUUAGCAGCAGACGGAUAUGCAAGAAUGUUCAACAGACACCAGGUUUAAGGCAUGUGGCAGAUGUGAAAUAAGAGAGCAGAUAGUCAGUGACAGUGGCUAAUGGUGGACCAGGAAGAACAUAUUUGUAAUACCAUAAUAACAGAAAUAUGUGGGUGUGCAUUAAAUCACAAAAUGGCUGGCAUUAGGACCUCAGGGACAAUAAGCUAACCGCUUUGAUGCCAGAGGAAGUUGGCGGUGUACUGACGGAGCUCGCCGUGUAUGGAUGAGGGACAUAUGCCCGACAGGAGACGAGGCUCAAAGCUCACGGGUCAGUUCGAAGGUGUAAACAACUGGAAACAAUAUCCCAAUUCGCCUGCUUCCCUCUAACUCAAGUCACUCUUCCAUUGUGUGGAACUGGUCCUCGUACCCCAUUGGAAACUCUUUGGACGUUAUUGUAAACAACUAUAUUCCUUUAAUACGGACAGUAAAGGCAUCUAAUGCAUUUCCCUCCUGCAUAUUCAUACACUCUGUGGCUGGUGCACUUGAUUCAAUCAUUAUCUUGUAAUGGCAGUGCAAGACCCUGGCAGGGCAACAGGUUUUCCUUGCAAACAAUGUGGCAUGGUCUGUUCCAAUAUGCCGAGUCUGCUCGAGCACAUGGAUGUCCAUCUUCAACAGGAGGAAGAACGCAAAUUUAAAUGUGAUGAAUGUGGACGUGGUUAUAGGCAUGCUGGUAGCCUAGCAAACCACAAAAAGACACAUGAAGUGGGCUUGUUUCAGUGCAAUGUAUGUGGUAAAGAAAACUCUAACGCUUCAUCCCUGAAGAGUCAUCUCCGGAGCCACACGUCACAAAAAAAGUACUCCUGUGAAGAAUGUGGCAAAGCUUUUCGUCUGGCAUCACAGCUGGCUACACAUGAGAAGGUUCAUCUUGCCAAGCGAGUAAAGGAGCAGUCGUAUAGAAAGAUAGACAUGGAUGAUUCGUCACACGAAAUUGGAAACGAUCACCCCGAUCAUCUCGAUGUUGAGCACUCAGCCAGUGUUGGGAUUUCCAUCGAAACUAGCCCAUCUGAGAACCAGACGGAUGGUCUUUAUAAUUCACAAUCCGAGACUUCUGAUGAUGCAGCAAAUCGACCAUUCAGAUGUGAUUUAUGUGACAAAUCAUACAUACACCAUCGAAGCCUGACCAAUCAUAAAAAGACUCACCAAGUAGGGAUGUUUGAGUGCACAGUGUGUUUCAAGCUGUUCAAUAACAUGGCUGCCCUUUACAGCCACCAGAGAACUCACAAGGCAAGAAGCGGGACAGACCCUGGUUCGAUGGGGCAGUCAUAUACAGACACAUCACUGGACCAGUUUUCACCUCAAAGUCAGGAUGCUCGAGUCAAUUUUUGCCAUCUGUGUCAGGUUCUAUUCCCCAGUGAUGAGGAGUUCCAGGAGCAUAUCCAAAUGCAUAACUCUUCAUCUCUGUCUUUUGGGCUUCAAGAUACCCUGUCAGAGAACCACAAUAUGUCAUAUGAAAAUAGUAUUGCUUCACCUGAGUCAAAUUUUUAUGCAUCCCCUGUCAAUAAUAUUCCAUCAGUAUCAUCACUUGAUAAUCAUGGAGGGUUUGAGCAGCCGCAAGAGCAGAUUAGAAGCAAUGGUCAUGUGUACUCAGACUGCUCCAAUAAUCAAACACCAUCUUCCAAUAGCACUCAGGGAGAACCCCCAAUCAUAGACCCAUGCAUUCUCAUUCCUGCCCUGACUCACACACAAAACAUUGACAAUGCAACUGAAAUGGAAGAGACUUCGACUGUAGAUUCUGAUGAGCGUCCCUUCAAGUGUCAAAUCUGUGGCAAAAGCUACAGGCACUCUGGAAGCCUCAUCAACCACAAGCGGUCACACCAGGUCGGGAUUUACCAGUGUUCCAUCUGCAGGAAGAGUUAUCCUCACCUGGCCGCCCUCAAGAGUCAUCUCCGUCUCCACAAAGCACAGUCGUCAUCUUUUAGCCUCAUUGCUGAGGGAGACUGGCUCUCCUCAGAGCCCCUGACUUUGGAUAACCAACAGGGCUGCUUCUCUCAUGACGAAGAGGAGGAUCACCCUGUGCUCAGCAUGGAUCAGGAGAAUGGUGCUGACCACAGCAAUGGGGCUUUGUACCAUGAGCAGUUUAAUCAGGACUUUUCCCAGGGUAUGACUGCGCAUCUACCUCACAAUGAACAACUGAUGCAGAGGCACAUGUGUGCAGACUGUGGUGAGACAUUUGCAGAUAUUGCAGGGAUUAAAUCUCACAGUUGCCCAUUGCUACAACAGCAACAUGACACUACUAGCAGUGACUAUGACAGUAAUGUAAAUUUCCAGGACAGUAAUGGUCACUGUGCUAUUGGAAAUCCAGGAAAUGAUAUGGAGUUCCAUGGUCUGAAUGGUAACCACGACCAAAGUUUCUUUGAACAGAAUUUCCAUGACAAUAUGAGCAGUGAUCCGCUGAAUGGUGGCGAAGAAGACAGUGGUGCUGCUGACGAGGAGGAGGAGGAUGAGGAGGAUGAUGAUGGAGAUCUUUAUCAGUGCUCUAUAUGUGGAAACAGCUACACCAGCAUGAGGGCUCUGAGGAGCCACCUCAGAGGCCACACACAGUCCCAUGCUACUCCUGCAAGCUCAGGGCCUUCUUCCAUGUCCUCUCAUGAAGGAGUGAAAGAUGAGGAGCCAGGAGAAAUGAUGAUCUGUAGCACAUGUGGGGAGAGUUUUGCCAAUAGGCAGGACUUGGUAACUCAUCAGCUUCUACACAACAAGGACCUGGUAGAUGAGGUUAAUAAUUUGCAAAUGAACAACGGCAACAUGUCUGGAGGCAAGGAGGAAGUACAGAGUAUCAUCUGCGGCAGCUGCGGUAUCUUUUGCAACAGCUACCAUCAUCUUGAGAACCAUGGCUGCACAGCUGAGAGGAAGGAUGAGGCAAGACAUGGUAAAGAGGAAAUGAGAGCAAAUGAUGUUACCCAGCAUGAAGACUCAAGCCGCUACAAAGAAACUGUUGAAACGGAACAUCGUCAGUACAAAUGUGAUCAGUGUGGUCGCUCAUACCGACACGCCGGAUCCCUUCUCAACCACAAAAAGUCCCACAAAACAGGUGUAUUCAGAUGCCUUGUCUGCCAGAAGCGCUUCUACAACCUUUUGGCCCUUAAAAACCACCAAAGGUCUCACUUUGAUGUUAAGAGGCACACUUGCCAUGAGUGUGGGAAAGCCUUCAAAAUUCAGAAGCAGCUAUUGAACCACCUGAGAAGACACAAAGAGAACCAAGCCAAAAUUCAAGAACUCAACAGCCAGAUCCAGGCCCUCAUGCAGAUGAAUGGGACCAAGUCAGAUGGAGGAAUGCAGUCCUUGACUUCAAAUGCCAAUCAGGCUUUAAAGUCUUCUCGACGUUGCAAGCAACUCCCUGAAGGGAAGACGGGACAAACAAACUCUGAGAUCUCUGUUAAAUCAGAAGACACAGGUGACCGACGACCUUUCGCUUGCGACCAGUGUGGGCGCACAUAUCGCCACGCAGGAAGUCUGGUCAACCACAGAAACUCCCAUAAAACAGGUGAAUAUUACUGUUCUGUCUGUAACAACACAUACUCCAAUCAACUAGCAAUGAAGAACCACUUGCGCACCCACUUUGCAUUUAAAAAACACUCCUGCCAAAACUGUGGAAAAGGCUUUAGGGGAAAGAAGCAGCUAUUGGCCCACAUUUGUGCAGAUCUCAGAAAGGAUGGGGCCGGAGGCCGGAGGGGCUUAAAAUCUCGAGCCCUUAAGUGUAAGGGAUGUAAGCAGGCCUUUGUCUCUGUUGACCAACUGAGAGCCCACACCUGUGACAGACCUUCAGGCAGCCACGAUGCACAAACAAAUACAUCUUCAAACAAAGAGGAGCGGCCUUUCAAGUGCAACAUAUGUAAUCGCAGCUACCGCCAUGCAGGCUCACUCCUGAACCACAAAAACACCCACAAGACAGGACACUUCAGCUGCACCUUCUGCUCUAAGCCCUUCACCAACCCGAUGGCCCUACGUAAUCACACACGUAUCCACACGCAGAAGAAAAAGUAUGUGUGUCUCACAUGCGGGAAGGCAUUCCGCCUCGCCAGUAUCCUGCACAACCACCAGAGGGUCCACAACCGGGUUUCGAGUCACUUCAGCUGCUCUGCAUGUGGCAAGAGCUUCCAGGGCAGGUCUGGCCUGAAGAGGCAUCGCUGCCGCAGAGGUCAGGAGAACUCUGCGAGGGCUGCGAUCCAGCAGUCAGAGAGGGGAGACAAGUGCUUCAUGUGUGACCUGUGUGGGCGCUCCUACCGCCACGCUGGCUCCCUCCUCAACCAUAAAAAGACACACUCCGAAAACCUCCAUCACUGUACCUUGUGUCUCCAGACGUUUCCUGACCCUCUGACUCUACAGAUACACUCCCAGAUGAGGCGUCACUGCUGCCCUGAGUGUGGCAAGACCUUCUGUCUGGUCGCCCACUUGCAGAGCCACAUGGAGGUGCACUCCAAGGAUCGAUCUGUCGUCUGCAGCCCCUGCCAGGAGAGCUUUCCCAACACAGCCAGCUACCAGCAGCACCAGGACAUGCACCACGGGGCUCAGGACCUCUAUCAACAAGGCAUGGCUGAACCUGUAGAUGCCAACAUCUGCUGGGACUCAGGAAUAGAUCAGACCAUAGGGAUGGACGUGAUGCACAAGCAAGAUCCCCCACCUUUGUCACAUAUUCCAGAGAGCAUCGCGAAUUCACAGAACGACAACUCUGCUGGCGCAGAAGAGAAGAGCCACGUCUGCGAGCACUGUGGCCGCACUUACCGCCACGCCGGGUCCCUCCUCAACCACAAGAACAGCCACAAGACCGGAUCCUUUUUCUGCUCCAUCUGCCAGAAAGAGUUCACCAACCUGAUGGCUCUCAAGAACCACCGGCGCAUCCACACGGAGCCCAAGCGCUACCAGUGUCUGGAGUGUGGGAAGGCAUUCCGCGUGUCCACUCAGCUCAUAUGUCAUCGACGAAUCCACACCAAAGAGAAGCCCUUCGCCUGCCUGCUGUGCGACAAGAGCUUUUCCAGCAAGUCCAACCUGCGGCACCAUCAGAAGAUGCAUCAGAACACUCAGACCUACGACUCCUCUUUUAGCAUGGAUGCUAACACGUUUAUGGACAUGGACUUGGACAUGGGGUCUUUCCUUUGAAGAUUCCAUAGUGUACAAGAAUUAAUGAUGUUAUUUAACCCCUAUCAAUAAUUGUAAAACAGCAGUUUUUUUUCUUCUUCUUCUUCUUUUUUUGUUUUUUCAGAAAGUGCUCCUUGGUCCUGACAGAAAACAUGCAUAUUUCAUUACUGACUUCCAGUCUUACCUCCACAACAGAUGCUCACAUCACUGAAGGCUCCCCAGACCUUUCAGUCAACUUUUAGUAAGGCCUGAAUGUUUUCCUAUGAAUACACAGGAUCCCAGAAUACAGGGCUGGUGACGAAAAUAUUGGUCGCCGCUCACUCCUCAACAAUGAACCAAACAACCAAAGUGAACAGAAAAAGUGCAGCCCAGGUCCAUGUAAAAACAUUAACACUGAAAACAUGUUUUUGUACAACAGUACUGUUCUAACGGUGAUCUCUCCUCUCUUGCUAUGUAUAAUUGUGUUCAGUGCCUCUGUAAGUUCUUUAGGAAACAAAAUAUACAAACUAUAUUUAUCUCUGAAUCCUUUUGUUAGCUUCAGUGUCGAAGGACUGCUCACUCUCCUUGGGGAUUUCACAUAGGGCAAGCCUGUUAUUAUUAAGUCAAAAUACCUCUGGGUGUGUCCAAAGGUCAGUGGCAAAGUGAUUUACCGAAAUCAUACUAUCAAGUAAAUAGUCGUACUGCUAAUAAUAUUCGCGUUGAGUGACAUUGUAUGCUAAAAUGGAUGUAUUUAUUAAUUUAUUCCUGUUAUUUUAUGUGCAUAUUUUAUUAGGAAAACUUUUUAUGAAUGUUGUAAAAAGAAAAAACUGUCUUCUAAAAAAACUCAUGUAGCCUUUAAAAAUCUUCAUCAGUCGAUUUACUUCUUUGCUCUCAGUUACAGGAAUGAAUGAGCCAAGCAUCAUUGGCGUUAUAGGCAGCACUCAGGGUAAACCUUCAAAAGGAACAAACCUGAUGUGAGAAACAUUGUAGAUAAUCGGUUUCUGAACUGAGCGUUGCAUUUCUUUUCUCUUGGGCCAUUUCAGCACUCAUGAUUUAGCUCACGUAACAGUCAUCACUCCAACAUUUAGUUGCAGCUCCACAUGCAGUGCAUGCUGUUUCUUGAACCUUUGAGAAGCAUCAGUUAUGUUGAAGUGCCAGUGCCUAAAGUGUAAGUCAACUGUAGCAGUUUUAAUGUGAACAAACCUCCUCUCACUUGUAUCUGUUAUACUGUUAACCACAAUAUAGAUUUUCAGGUUUUCUUUUUCAUUUAUCUACUCAUUUGUGAAUCUCCUCUGCCACAAAAAAUGUAAAAGUCUUAAAGCAGUCCAUAACAAAAGUGUUGCAGCAGUGAGGUGAAAGUGGUUCCUUGACUUUUCUUCCCUCAGAGAUGCUUUAUAUUAAUCAAAUAGAAUGACUGUAUUUUUACACACACGUGGCCAAAAUGCCUCCUUUCUGCCAAGCACAAGUAUUACUACAAAUGUACCUUUGUGGAUUUACAGGGACGAACCAGUUUCACCUUCACUGUUGAGUUCAUGAACCACUUAUUCUGUUUUUCUGUGAAAAAUGUGCAAUUAUUGAUUUUCUGUUUUGUUUUUGUUUUUUGUUUUUUUUUUGUGCCAAGUCUAACGUGCCUGUUGUUCCUGAAGUCGUUUUUAGCAGAAGUGAACACAUGGCCUUUGUUUUUAUACCAAUCUAAAAGUAGAUUUCUUUCUUUAUGCCUUAUACAUUACAUUUCAUGUAUGAGUGGCACUGGUCAAGAAGUAUGAAAUACCUCAUGGAAAGCCCUGCCUAGAUAGCAACUGCUACUCAAAUGCCUCAUGCAGCUUAAUUGUAGAGAAUACACUGUAAUAAUAGAAACUCAGAUAGUUAAGACAAGUAGAAUGGAUGAAGCAUCUUUCUAAAGGUUUUACUUUGUAGGUGUGCAGAUGCUGUUCUCUCCAUAACUUUCUCUGCAGUUUGUUGUUUUCAGAGUUAUAUUUGCACAUUUGUAGAUGAAGACACUUGUAGCCUACGGAGGACAGGAAGUCAAAGAUGAAGCAGCCAACCGCCGUCGGCUGUUCGAUAGCUCACCUCAGCUAGUUUGCGGGUCGUAAUAUUUAAGCAAUAUGCUGAAAGUAUUGUUUCAGUGCAUGAACUGAGUCCAUCUCACUUGUUUGGUCUUACCAUUGUAUGAAGCACAGCGGCAUCAGAUUCAGUAUACAGACACUAGCCUUGAAAGACCAUGACACCUUGUCAUCUGCCAUGUUGUUGUUUAAGAUCUUGUGUAUUCAUUGUAAUCAUUUCUGGGUCAUUUUUCCGUAUAACAUGAUAGCCUGCAUCUAUCCCGACACAUUUGAGUUAAAGCUGACUUAUUUUUUUAUAACAUUUCCCCAUCUGAUCUCACAUGGCACUUAACACGUUCACUCCUCUGUCAUCAGUCACAAUCACAGCCUGGCAUUUGUGAUGUGUGUUGAAUCUCAGAGCUCUCUCUGUAAAUAUUAGAAUGAAAAUAUUGGUUGGAUCUCUGUACGAGUUUCUUCAGCAGGAGAAGAGUGCUAGAUUAGCUAUUGUGUAAUUAAAAAAAAAAAGGCAUAUACUGUACCACACGUUCUGAUUUCUUGGAUUUCCAGUGCUCCAAAAUGUCUGCUCACUAUUUAAUUAAUAUUUAUAUAACUAUUUUGUCACUCUGGAACGUAGAUUUUUACUUUUUUGUUAGAACUUAGUUUAGAGUAUAAGCAGAUUAUCGAAAAUAAAACUAGUUGAAAUUGAUUAAAAGACUUGAAAAAUA